AUGGAAGGCUUUGAAGACGUCAGUAGGUUCGGAGAAGUAAGCGCCGACAAAUUCGAGUCAAAUGCCCGCUCAGCUCCAAGUACUGGCGCCUCAAAUUUAUUGCCGGCUAUGCUGCCACAAACAGACUCGAAAGGUUCUCGGCUGAGUUCGUCCAACAGUUCAAAGAAUUAUCGUAGAAAAUCACGGACUGCGGACGAAGAAGCAGAGGAUUUAGACGCUAGUGAUAGCGAAUGCGAAUCGUGUAGCUCUACAGCAAGUCAGAAUAAAAGACUCUCAUCUGAAAAUAAAAGUCAAAAAUUAAACAAAAAUCACUAUUCAAAUUUUAACGUUUCAAAUGAAAAAUUUCAAACCAAAGGUAGAAUUUCUAGAAAUGAUGGCCGGCUCAAUAUAAGUAUUAACGACAAAAAUGAUCGGGGAUAUCUAGCCAAGGCACUAGGUGCUUCUUUUGUAGAACAUUUUAAAGCUUCAUCAUUGAAACAUCACGACUCUCGUACAUCAUCUGGUCCUAAGAAGCAUUCCGAUAGCCCAACAACGAUAGCCACAAAAAACGUGCAUCCACCUUCGCUAAAUAUUGUGGUGAUGGUUAUUGGCAGUCGGGGAGAUAUUCAGCCAUUUUUAAAACUUGGGAAGAGCUUGAAGAACUAUGGACAUAGGGUUCGUAUCGCUACACAUCCAGCAUUCAAGGAGUUUGUUGAAAAAGAUUCAGAGCUUGAAUUUUUUUCGGUAGGUGGCGAUCCUUCAGAGUUAAUGGCAUUCAUGGUAAAGAACCCGGGAAUGAUCCCCACUAUGGAAACUCUCAAGAAAGGGGAGGUCAGUCGAAAGAGAUCUCAGAUGGCCGAAAUGUUUGAAGGAUUUUGGAGAGCUUGUAUUAGCGCUACCGACGACGAAAAAAACCAUGCGAAUAUCAAAAUGUUGAAUGAAAAAUCACCAUUUGUUGCUGAUGCUAUCAUAGCCAAUCCUCCUUCAUUUGCUCACAUUCAUUGCGCAGAAAGAUUGGGGAUUCCAUUACAUCUCAUGUUCACUUUUCCUUAUAGCCCUACACAAGAAUUUCCUCAUCCCUUGGCAAAUAUUAAGAAAUCCAAUUUAGAUCUAGGCUAUACUAACUUUAUGUCCUAUCCUUUGGUUGAAAUGAUGACAUGGCAAGGGCUUGGAGAUUUAGUCAAUAAAUUCAGGGUCAAAACCCUUGGUCUCGAACCCGUUUCCACACUCUGGGCGCCUGGACAACUUUAUCGACUUAAGGUUCCCUACACAUAUUUGUGGAGUCCGACCCUAGUUCCGAAGCCAGGUGAUUGGGGCGAAGAAAUUGAUAUUGCAGGAUUUAUUUUUUUGGAACUUGCUUCUUCAUUUAUACCACCAAAAGAUUUAAUUAGCUUUUUAAAUAUAGGCCCAGCUCCAAUAUACAUUGGAUUUGGAUCCAUUGUUGUUGAGGACUCGGAUGGAUUUACUCGAAUGAUACUCGAUGCUAUCAAGGAAGCUGGUGUACGAGCUGUGAUUUCAGAGGGAUGGGGAGGAUUAGGAAAAGGAGAGAUUCCUGAUAACGUCUUUCUUCUUGGAAAUGUUCCUCACGACUGGCUGUUUCCUAAAGUUUCGGCAGUUAUUCACCAUGGGGGGGCUGGUACAACGGCAGCUGGCAUGAAAUUCGGUAAACCGACAAUGAUUGUGCCAUUUUUCGGUGAUCAAAGAUUUUGGGGUGAACGAAUUGAGAAAUCAGGAGCUGGGGCUUCCCCUAUUCCGCAUAAAAGUCUAACUGCAAGUGCAUUAGCAGAUGGUAUUAGGAAGUGUCUUACAAAUGAAGUACAAGACCAUGCGCAGAAGAUAGCUGAAAAUAUUAGGGCUGAAGGUGAUGGUGCAGAGAAUGCAGUUGCUUCAUUUCACCGAAAUCUUGAGCUUGAGGGCCAACAAAGUAUGCGAUGUUCUCUACUCAAGAAUAGAGUCGCUGUUUGGAGCUUGAAGAAGACAGAUAUCGGUUUAUCAGCAUUAGCAGCUGAGCUACUAGUACGGGCAAAGAGAGUUAAUUGGAAGCAGUUAAGGUUGAUACGGCACAAAGAAUGGAAUGACUUUGAGGGCCCUGGAGAGCCAUUAACUGGUGGAGCUACUGCUAUCGUAGGUACAUUCACAGGCUUUGCCACUGGAAUAGGUAGUAUACCUUUUAAAAUUGGAAAGAAUGCUAAAAAACGCUUGAAACGUAGCAAAAAAACAAAGACCCUCGUCAAUACUAACUUUGAGAAUAAAGAAGAUGAAAAAUCAACCUCAAAACAGCAAGUAAAUAGUGCUGCGGCUGAUAAUAAUCUAGAAGCAUACCGCAAGAGUCAUUCUUUUGCUGAACUGCUCGGCUUUCAUGGAGAGAGUGAAUCCCAUACUAAAAGUUGUAGAGAAAAAAUAAAAACAGAAGUGCCUGAUAAUGAGCCAUUGGAGUAUUCAGAUGGGCCGGACGAAGAUGAGAAUGCUGGAGUAGAAAUGGCACAUGUGUUGAAGUCAAGCGUUGGCAAAAGCGCCGGGGCUAUUGCGAAAGCACCGAUGGAUUUAUCAUUAGCUGUUGCUCAAGGUUUUCACAACGCACCUCGUCUUUAUGGUGAUACUACUGUGAGGAGGCCAGUAAGAAUUACUGGAAUCAAGUCUGGAUUAAGAGCAGCUGGCGAGGAAUUUUUCAAUGGUAUUUAUGAUGGCUUCACUGGCCUAGUGGUGCAACCAUACACAGGCGCACGUGACGAUGGAUUAGUAGGAUUUAUGAAGGGUGUAGGGAUGGGGUUUACGGGGUUUAUUCUUAAAGAUUUUGCAGCAGUGUUUGGCCCAUUUGGCUAUACUCUAAAAGGAGUGCACAAAGAGAUGGUGAAGCAUAGGCAGCCGACGAAAUUCAUCCGCAGUGCACGCAUCGUGGAGGGAAAACUUCAUCUUCAGAAUUUAGAUGAGGCAGAGCUGAAACAUGAAACUGGUGCUGUGCAGGAUGGCUGGCCAAUUUUAAAGAAAUUGUGGCAUGAGGCCGAACUAAAGCACACUUUGCACUUAAAAGAUCGUGCUCGAAUGACCCAAAAACAUAAAAUUGAAGAUGUGAAGGCCAUCUAG